AUGGAGUUGGAAAAUAGUAAUUAUUUCAUUAGUAUAGAAAACUUAAGUGCAGAUAAAAAUACUGGGGAAGAAGAUAUUGAUAUAUUAAAUAAUAUGAGCAACUUAAAUUUAAUAAAUGAGAACUCAUCUAUGGUUAACUCUAAUGGUGGUGGUAUUAAAAUAGGAAUAAAUAAAAAGGAUUAUGAUUUAUAUAUUAGUCAAUUGAAAGAUAAAAAUAUAAAUCCUUUAAUACGAACUAAAAAUAAAUUAAAUAAAAAAGAUGGAAGAAACAAAAAUAAUUAUGAUGAUUCUUCAUAUUAUGAAAUGAAAAUUAUUGAUGCCAAGACCAAUGAUUAUGAAUAUUUCGGUAACUUAGGAUUACAAAAGGGACUACAUGAAAAUAAUAUAUAUAAUGAUAAAAGUGAUUUAAAAGAUUAUUUAAAAGGUGAUUUAAAAGAUGAUUUAAAAGGUGAUUUAAAAGGUGAUUUAAAGAAUGAUAUUUAUUUAGUUAAUAAAAUGGAAAAUGUUCAAAAUUUUAAUGAUGAUAAUAACUGUAGUGAGCCAACAAACCAUAUAAACACUAUUAGGAUAAAUGACGAGCUUGAUAAAAUUAGUAAUAAAAGUUGUGUUUUAAUUUCAGGGAAAGUGAAAGAAGGAUGUUUACCUAACGAUAAUAAUGUUAUUUACUAUGAUAAUACGAAUAAUUAUUAUUGUGACGUUAAAAACGAAGAAGGAAUGAAUUUACUAAAAAAUGUAAAAACCGAUGAGUAUUCUCAUAACUUGAAUACAAAUAUAUUUCAUGAGGAUAUGAAUUUAUAUGAUAAUUAUCAACAUAAUAUCGAUGAAGAUAUAUUUGGGAAGAAUUAUCGAAUGAAUCAUUAUGAUCAUAUGAAUAACUCCAUAGUAAAUGAUCAUAUUGUGUAUUUUGGAAAAAAUAAUGAUGAGGAAACAAGUUUAUUAACCCAUGAUGAAAAAGGAGACAAGCAUAUAAAUAAGGAAUAUAAAAAGAUUACAUAUAAUGAUAAUAAUAAUGAUAAUAAUAAUGAUGAUGAUAAUAAUAAUAAUGAUAGUAAUAGUGGGCAUAGGGAAGAAGAUAGAUACCCAAGUGAUUUAUUACAAAAUAAUAUAUAUAAUGAUGAUAUAACUUUAAAGGAUAAAUAUGUAGAAAAUAAAUAUUUUCAGGAUGCAAAAAGAUCAAAUUCAUUUUGUAACAAUAAAAUGGAGGAAGACAAUGAUAAAUAUGUAUGUAGCAAUAUGGUAGAAAAAAAGAUAAGAUCUUUAAUAAAUAAAAAAGGGGGUUCAAUAUAUGAUGGUGAUGAUCAAGAUUCUACUAAUAAACCAAUAAUAAGAAUUAAAGAACCUUUGAAUGAUCAUAAGGAAAAAAGCUUUAAAAAAAGAAAUGAAUCAAAUGAAGGGGAAUAUGUAUAUAAUAACAAUGAAAAAGAAAUUAAUGACAAUAUGUUAUACCAGGAUAAAAUAAAUAAUAAUAAGUUUAAUACACAAAGUUUUCAUAAUCUAGUAAAUGUACCAACUGAAUAUGAUAACAGUGAAUAUAAUGUGGAUGAAGAAUACUGUUCUUAUAAAAAUAAACACAAUAAUAUACCAUAUGAAAAUAUGCAUCAUGUCAAUUGGAAAAAUGAAGAACUAGAAGAUAUAAACGUGAAUAUAAAUUCUAGUAUAGCUAUAAUAAAUGUAAAAAGAGAUGUAGAAAAAGGGAAUGAUUGGAAUGGAAACAAUAAUGAGAAUAGUAAUAAUAACAACAAUGAUUAUAAUAAUAAUAAUAAUAAUAAUAAUAAUAAUAAUGAUUAUAAUAAUAAUAAUAAUAAUAAUAACAAUGAUUAUAAUAAUAAUAAUAAUAACAAUGAUUAUAAUAAUAAUAAUAAUAACAAUGAUUAUAAUAAUAACAACAAAAAUUAUAAUAACAACAAAAAUUAUAAUAACAACAAAAAUUAUAAUAACAACAAUAAUGAUGAUAAUCAAAGUAAUGAUGAUAAUCAGAAUAAUGAUGAGGAUGAUAAAAUGGAUGAUGAACUUAUCGAUAAUGAUGAUGAUGAUGAUAAUAAUAAAGAUGAUAAAAAAAAAAAUAAACAAGAAGAAUCAGAAGAACAGAAAGCUAAUACUUAUGGAGACAUACAAAGUAAUGCAACUUAUGUUAGAAGACCUCAAAGAAAAGCAGCCAAAAAAUGUAUCAGCUUGUGGUCAGAAGAAUUAAGAAAAAAAAGUGAGAAAAAUAAUUUGAAUUAUGAUAAAGUUAAGAAUAUUAAUGAUUCCAAAAAAGAGGAAAGGUGGUUAAAAAAAAAAGAAAGAAGUGAAAAGAAAAGAAUUGAAAAGGAAAAAAUUGAAAAGGAGGGUAAUGAAAAGGGAGGUAAUGAAAAAGAAGGUAAUGAAAAGGGAAGUAAUGAAAAGGAAGGUAAUGAAAAAGAAGGCAAUAAAAAAGAAGGUAAUGAUAAUGAUGAACAGCAUGAGAUAAAUAAUAAAACAUAUAACCAUCCAAAUGACAAGAGCUAUAACUAUUGCGAAGGUGAUAAUAAAGAAAUGUCAGAAAUAUAUAAAAACAAUGAAGGAGAUUCAUUAUUUAAAAAAGUUGAAAUAAGAAAUAAUUUAGAAUUAAAUGAAGAUAUAAAAUCAAGUAUUACAAAUAACAAUCCUUUAUUAAAUAAUGACAACAUAAAAGAAAAAGAAGGUAAUAAUUCUUCAUUAGUAAAUAAUGAAAAUAAUAUUCCUAUAUUAUUUAAUGACUCUAUGGAUGAAAGGGAAAUGUUUAAAUAUUUAGAUACCUUAAGACAUUUACCAAGUAAAAAAGGAGGGUCCCAAUAUAAAUUACAUAAAGCUAUGUUAACUGAACAAAUGGUAAAAAGAGCAAAGAAAUUUCCAAUGGUUCAAGGUGUAUAUUUUGAUAGAUACCAACAAAGAUGGAGCGUUAACUGGAUUGAAGACGGUAAAAGAGUAGCAAAAUAUUUUCCUAUCAAACUCUUUGGUUUUGAUUAUGCGCGACGUUUGGCUAUAUAUUGUAAAAUUCAUCAGAAAAUACCUGAAGAAGCUUUAAAUUUUGAACAAGCUUAUAGAGCUAAUCAACAAAAUAAUAAAGCAAAAAAUGAAAACACACAAACGGGUGGUAGUAGUAGUAGUAUUAGUAGUAACUCUAUGAAAUUGAAAAAAGGACCUAAGAAAAAUUAUGGCAAGAAGAGUGGAAAUAUAAAUGGAGGGGGAGAUAUAAAUGGUGGGGGAGAUAUAAAUGGAGAGGGAAAUGUAAAUAAAGAUGGAUAUAUAAAUAAGGAUGGAUAUAUAAAUAAAGAUGGAUAUAUAAAUAAAGAUGGAUAUAUAAAUAAAGAUGGAUAUAUAAAUAAAGAUGGAUAUAUAAAUGAAAAUGAAAUACUUGGCAAUAUAGAGAAAUAUAUACGUAUUAUUAAUAAAAGGACAAUAAAUAAAAAUAUGGAUGAAGAUGGAAAUAUAAUUCAAGGGCAUUAUAAUGUUGUACAACAAAAUGAUCCCGUUGAUCAUAUGAAUUAUAAAAUUAAUAACAAUAAUAAUAAUAAUAAUAAUAAAAUUAAUAGUAGUAAUAGCCUUCAUUAUAGUAAUAGUGUUGAUAGUACUACUGUUCAUAUAAAUCCUGAUAGUGCAAAUAGUUUCAGUGGUAGUACUCAUAUUAAUAAUAGUAAUAAUCUUAGCAUACCUAAAAAUUAUGAUAAUGUUUUACAUAAUGAUGUACAAUAUAAUAUUAAGGAUAAAAUAAAUACAGAAAUAAAUAAAGAUAUACCUUCAUCUAUUUAUGAUUCCAUAUGUAACAAUUAUGAUGUUAAUAAAAAAAAUAAUAUGGAAAAUCCUUUUGUAGAUAUAAAUGAUAAAACAAAUACUCUUAAAAAUUUACAAACCAUAUUUGAACAACAAAUGAAUAUUUCAUCAGAUAAUUUAAAAAAUGUAAAUAGUAUAAAACAAAUGGACUACUUAAAUGUUGGAAAAAAUGUUGCAGAAAAUAAUUUCGAUGAUAAUAAAAUGGGUGAAUCCGCUUUCGAGAGUGCAAACAUAUAUAAGGACGAAAAAAAUAAUGAUUUGUCUAAUGUAUUAAAUGAUAAUAAUAUGAACAAUAAUAAUAAUAAUAAUAAUAAUUUGAAUGUACCUUUAGAUAUUCAUAAAUUGAGGCAACAUUAUCUAAAUAUCCUACAGAACAAAUGCAAGGAUAUAGUCAAAAUGAAUAUUAUAAAUAAAGAUGAGAAUAGUAAAGUUAAUGAAGACCAUAAUAAAUAUGUUGAUAUAGAUAUAAAAAAUAAUGUAUUAUUAUCAAACCUGUAUAAUGAUGUACAUUUGUAUGGAAAAUACUUGAACAAUGCUACCAUUCUGGAUAUUCUAAAAAGAAGAGUAGAUAAUAAUGAACAGGUAAAUAUAAAUGAAUACGAUGAAGAUGAAAAUGAUGAUGAUAAUAAUAUUAAUAAUAAUAAUAAUAAAAGGAGAAAAAUAAAAAUAAAAAAUAAUCAUAAAGAAAAAAAUAAUCAAACAGAUAUUGAAAUGAAUAAUCAAAUGAGUUAUCAAAUGAAUAGAGAAACAGACAUGAUGGAAAAUCGUUCUCCAGGUUGUUUAUCUCUAAAAUCGGCAGGUUCGUGUAUAUCGUCUACCUCGUCGUGUUAUAAGAAUGUGGACAAUUUAUCAUCUAAUAAUAGUAUGUUGUAUGAUAAUAAGGGAUGUAUCCCAUAUAAUCCUAACCAUCCUAACAAUACUAAUACUAAUAUUAAUACUAAUAUUAAUACUAAUAUUAAUACUAAUAUUAAUACUAAUAUUAAUACUAAUACCAAUAAUUAUAGUAAUAAUAAUAAUUAUAGUAAUAAUAAUGGUGAUAAUUAUUAUUAUAAUAAUGUUGAAGGUUCUCUUAAUAAAAAAAGUGAAGAAGCAAAUGAUUGCAGGGAUGAUAUGCUGAUUGGUUCAUUUAAUGGAGAUGAAAAAGUUAUAAACAAAAAAAAACAAAAAAAGAGAUCAUUGGAUAUUAUAAAUAUGGAUAAGGAUAAAAUAAAUGCUUUGUUAGAAAUAGGAAUGUAUAAAGAAAAUGAUAUGGAAACAUUAAACAUGAUAUAUAAGAAAAAAAUGAUUGGUAAUAAUAAUGAUAUGAAAUCUGAUUUAGAACAAAAUAUGAAAAAUAUGGAAGGAAAGGAUAUGAUCGAAAAUAUAUCAUCUAAUGAUAACAACACAUCAUUUAAUAAUAUGAAUAAUAUUAAUAUUAAUGCAUAUAAUAUCCUAAAAGAUAUAAAUAAAUAUCGAAAUAUAGUAAACAAUCUAGAUCAUUUUAAUAGUUUAUCAUCAGGUAUGAAUAAAGAGACAACUAAGAAAACCUUAGAUAUGCAAAAAUACAAUAUUAUGAAUAGCACCUAUAAUCCAGAAAGUAUAAACAAAAUGGUUGUAGAUAAGGAUAAUAAAGAAGAUAGUAGUGAUGAUAUAAACUCAAGAAUAGUAGGUGUUCAUUAUGAUAGAAAACAAUUUAGAUGGAAGGCAACUUGGUAUACUUCGCAUGGUAGAAGAUGUGCAAAAUAUUAUCCAGUGAAACAAUAUGGAUAUCUAGAAGCAAAAAAAAUGGCUAUAGAAUGUAGAAAGGCAUAUAAUUUAUAUAAAAAAUUAAAAAAAAAUCCAGAGUGUAUUGAAUAUACUAGUAAUGAUAUAAAUUUCUGUAGUACAAUAUUUCCAAAAGAAUAUUACAUUACAUUAUUUGAGAAUGAUGAAAAGAAAGAUAUGUAUUAUUGGGAAAAUAAAAAAAAUAAUAAAAAGAAUAGUAAUAAAAAUAAUUCUACACUUAUUGACAGUAAUGAAAAACAAAAAAGACAUUAUAAUGAAGCCUUAAAAAAAAUUAAUAAUUUUAAAACAAAAGAUUUUAAUCAAUUAUCAGAAUAUAUGUUAUCAAAUAAAAAUGAUCUAAAUAAUCUAGCACAAAUUAAUAAAAUAGAUUAUCCAAAUUCUAAUAAUAUUAUGCAUAUGAACAAUAAUGAAUCACCAAAUGAUAUUUUGCAUGCAACAAGAGAAAAUAAUAAUGAUAUAAAUAGAAAUACUAUAAGACAUAUAAAUGAUCAAGUGGAAAAUCAAAUGAACAGUCCUACACGUUGUUAUUCUAAUUGUCAUACCAAUAUACAUACGAAUGUUCAUACAAAUGUUCAUACAAAUGUUCAUACAAAUGUUCAUACAAGUAUUCAUACAAAUUGUCAGGUGAACUUUUUAGCUACAUGCCAUACCAAUUGUCAAGUAAAUAAUUUAUCAAUUAGCCAAACAAAUAAUAUAUCAAAUGAUGAAUUGAACAAUAUAUCAAAUGAUAAUUCUAAUAAUAUAUCAAAUGAUCAAUCUAAUAAUAUAUCAAAUGAUAAUUCUAAUAAUAUAUCAAAUGAUCAAUCUAAUAAUAUAUCAAAUGAUAAUUCUAAUAAUAUAUCAAAUGAUCAAUCUAAUAAUAUAUCAAAUGAUCAAUCUAAUAAUAUAUCAAAUGAUCAAUCUAAUAAUAUAUCAAAUGAUCAAUCUAAUAAUAUAUCAAAUGAUCAAUGGGGAGAUAAUAAAUCUAUAUGUAGCCAUUAUAAGAAUGAAAUAAAUAACAAAAGCCCAUGUUGCAAUGUUUCAAUUAAUAGAGAAAUGAAUAAUAAUAAUAAUAAUAAUAAUGUAUGUAACAUGAACAAUAAUAAUAAUAAUGUAUGUAACAUGAACAAUAAUAAUAAUAAUGUAUGUAACAUGAACAAUAAUAAUAAUAAUAUAUGUGAUAUGAAUAUUAAUCAUAAUUGUUGUCAAAAAAAUUCCUCGCUGUGCACAUCUCCAGCCUCCUUACUUUCCUUAUAUUAUUUAUCAGAGCAUAUUCUACAAUUUCAAAAAGGAACCAUAAAAUAUAUACUACAAGAUUUAAGAGAUAAUUGUCUUUCCAACUUAGCUUAUGAAUUAAAGAAUAUAACAUUCCAAGAAUAUUACAUGGCAAUUCAUAAUUUGAAUAGAUAUAUAGACGAAUCCAAAUGUUAUGAUGACAUUUUUUUCCUGCUGAAAAUAUUAGCAAAACACCUGGAAAUUAAAAAAAUACCAAGUGCAUACAACGAAGAAGAACAAAAAGAAUUCUUAAAUUCACUAACAAUUAUUAGCAAGCAAAUUAAAUAUAAAUGUCCACACCCAAUAUCAUCUAAUAACAUGAAUAAUCAGAGUGUGGGGGAUGAAUGA